GAUGAUGCUUGUCGACUUUCCGCUCGCGAGGAUCGUGUUUUUCGAUGCAAGCCUCGCGUGGUUCGAGGAGCAUGUACGAGUUGUCGUGCGGAAAUAAACGUUUAAUGUUGCAAUAUGGAGCGUCACAAUGAUAUUGAUUGAUGCCGUGCAUCCCACCUCGUCAACGCUGGGCAAGUGAGAACACGGCUUGUGUGCGGAGGAACGUGCUUGGUCGUCGUGUAGGUUGGCAGCGUGAGCAUGUGAAUGGUUCUAGUCGGGAAGUGCUGCUGACGUGUUUUGUUUUCUCAUCAAUGAUGUGCACCGGUCUUCUGCUGCUGCGGUAUACUGCCAUCGUCUACGGUUGUCUACUACAGCCGCUGUAUACUGCCAUCGUCUACGGUCGUCGUCUACAGCCGUUGUAUACUGCCAUCGUCUACGGUUGUCUACUACAGCCGCUGUAUACUGCCAUCGUCUACGGUCGUCGUCUACAGCCGUUGUAUACUGCCAUCGUCUACGGUUGUCUACUACAGCCGCUGUAUACUGCCAUCGUCUACGGCCGUCGUCUACAGGUCGUCGCCUACAGUGUCUUCACAGUGUCGCAUGCGGUUCAACAAGGAGGCAUCAUCAACGGAUUCACAACAGGCAAACGCCAGACGACGGUAUUGGCGCACAAACGGCGCGAGUCUUGUGGGACUGUCAGCACUUCUGCGGCGUUAGCAGGCACCGGUGGACGCGGUGAAAUGGGGUAUAUCUGCACACGUGCUGUCCAUCAUCCGCAGCGUGUCUUGCAAUCUUUGGAUUCGUUUUAUCGUCACACGGACUCCCGUCAGAAACCGAGUCGGGCCCAUGCGCCUUCACACAAUCACCUGCCCAGCGCGCGCGCAUCCAUACUGAAAGCCCAUGCGCACCGCUGCAAACUCCUCGCCACCAGAUCGCAGAUGAUUCCAAGUCCGAAGUCGAGACUUUUGUGAGCCGCCAAGCAUUCUCCGCUGCGGGAGAGUAGCUUAACGGUAGGACUUCUGGUAACGGGCGCGGGCACCGGGACCGCCGAACUUCUUGGGCUCGCACCGUCUGUUGUCGGCGACGAGGAGUGUGCGGUCGUACUGGACGAGGGCCUGCUUGAGCUGGUUCUUCGAGUGCUCGUCGACGUACUUCUGGUAGUAGGCGACGAUGGACUUGGCGAUGGCCUGGCGGAUGGCGUAGAUCUGCGAGGUGUGACCACCACCGGAGACGCGGACGCGGAUGUCGACGUCGGCUGCGCGCUGUUAGUCUUCUGUUUCCCUGCCGUGCUGCGGGUGCGCCCGGUGUCUGGCGGUGAGCCGUGGGUUUUUGUGC